AGCCCGUAGCGGAAGUAUACCCCGAGUGACUCCGUGUCUAUUUCCUGUGUAUCAGAGUGUGCUUUCCAGCUCGCUGCCGGAGUCCCGCGGAGUAGAGCGGCCGAGUACAGCUGAUGAGCGAGCACGUGUGAUGUAAAGCGAUGCCCGCUCGGCCAGUAUGGCCAGUGUCACGCUCAGGUACUUCUGCUACGGCUGCCUGGUCACCUCGGCCACCUGGUCCGUUAUCCUCCUCCUCUACUUCACCAUGACUGCGGAGCCGGGCCUCGGCCGGACCCCUGUCAGGCCUCGUCGCCAGGAGCCUGUACAGCUGAAGGCGGGGGGGCGGCGUGCUCUGCCAGGUGACGCCGGGCCGGAGCUGUCGCCUGAGAUGGGUAUGAUCUUCAACGAGGCCGACCAGGAGGUGCGAGACGGCGGCUACCAUCAACACGCCUUCAACGUGCUGAUCUCGCGGCGCCUGGGUCCACACCGCCAACUCCCCGACACCAGAGACACGCGGUGUCGUGAUGAGACGUACCCUCAGAAGUUACCACCCGCCAGCGUGGUCAUUUGCUUCUUCAACGAGGCGCUCUCUGCCCUCACCAGGACCGUUCACAGCGUGUUGGACCGCACCCCGGCCUACCUCCUGCAUGAGAUCAUCCUGGUGGACGACCACAGCGAGCUCGAGGAGCUGAAGGCGGAGCUGGAUCGUUACAUCCGAGACGAACUGAAAGGAAACGUCAAACUUGUGAGGAACGAGAAGAGGGAGGGACUCAUUCGAGGACGCAUGAUAGGAGCCUCGCACGCCACCGGUGAGGUGCUGGUCUUCCUGGACAGCCACUGCGAAGUCAACCAGGCGUGGCUGCAGCCCCUGUUGGCGCCCAUUCAGGCAGACCGCCACACGGUGGUGUGUCCCGUCAUCGACAUCAUCUCGGCCGACACGCUGGCCUACUCGCCCUCCCCAAUCGUCAGGGGCGGCUUCAACUGGGGGCUGCACUUCAAGUGGGACCCCGUUCCCGCCACGCACUUUACCGGGCCUCGAGGCACCAUCACCCCCAUCAGGUCCCCUACCAUGGCGGGCGGUCUGUUUGCAAUGGACAGGAAGUACUUCAACGAGCUUGGCCAAUACGACCCAGGCAUGGACAUCUGGGGCGGAGAGAACCUGGAGAUCUCGUUCAGGAUUUGGAUGUGCGGCGGGCAGCUGCUCAUCAUCCCCUGCUCCAGAGUGGGUCACAUCUUCAGGAAGAGGCGGCCUUAUGGCUCCCCUGGGGGGCACGACACAAUGGCCCAUAAUUCCCUGCGCCUCGCUCACGUCUGGAUGGAUGAGUACAAGGAACAGUUCCUGUCCCUCCGUCCAGAGCUGCGCCAGCGCAGCUACGGCGACAUCAGCGAGCGCGUGGCCUUGAGGCAGCGUCUCCAGUGCCGGUCUUUCGCCUGGUACCUAGACAACGUCUACCCCGAGAUCAACAACAAGCAGCCGCAGCAGCUGCUGAGCAACAAGAGCCUGAGACGACCCCGGGUCCUGCUGCGAGGAUGGCUUCGUAACCUAGCAACCGGGCGUUGCUUGGUGGCACAGAGUCGAGCCAGCCAGAAGGGCGGCGCUGUUGUGCUGAGGCCGUGUGACCCCAGCGACCGCGAACAGGAGUGGGCCUACGACGAGGAGGGUCAGCUGGUUUUGGCAGGUCUUCUGUGUCUGGAUGUGUCAGAGGUCAGGACCUUUGACCCACCCAGGCUGAUGAAGUGUCACGGCUCAGGGGGGUCACAGCAGUGGAGUCUGGGGAAGUCGGAGCGUUUGUACCAGGUGUCGGUGGGUCAGUGUCUCUCCGCCGUGCAGCCGCUGGGACCCAAAGGCUACGUUUCCAUGGCGAUAUGCGAUGCCUCACAGGCACAGCAGUGGAAGCUGGAAGGCGGAGCCUGAAGUCAUGUGACUAAAAGACAAUCUUUUAAUGUGAUUUUAAACUCACAACUUUUUAUUUUUAAAGAUAAAGAUCCUCUGGGAUUUAUUUUAUGGAGGUGAAAAGGUCACAAUCAAGAGAGUACUGUAUGACCUUUGACCCCGACAGAUGUCCCUUGUGUUGUUUAUCCCGUAUUUUAAAGGUGUAAAUAAAAAAUCCUCUUUCAACUA